UAUUGUGUCGUCUAUGGUUAUUGUUGAUGUUCUGUUGUGAUUUCUGUUUUAUUAAUAAUUAAUAAUUUACAGAAAAACUAUUAAUUGUAAAAUGCAUAUUUUUGAGUAAUAAUGCGAAAGUAUAGGACAUUAUGCCUUUUCCUAACAUCUGUAGUGAGUUUAUCAUUGUUACUAGUGUAUAGAAAUGAAUACAAUCGUCUGCAUUAUGUAUUAGAAGUUUUUGACUUUUUCGGCCAACCCUGCAACUUUUCAGAACUUUUUAAAAACGAUUUUAUUCAUCAAUACAAAGAUUGGGGACCAAUUCCAACUUGGCAGCAAAAUGAGGACAUGUACACAUAUUCUGCGUUUUUAAUAAAUAACUCUCAGGUUAAAGUAAUUGCUUUGCAAUCUACCAAAAAGGAAGUUGCUAGAGUUUGUUACCUAUGGUUUGAAGACCGUGAAACACCUGUAGUUGGAGAAUUUAAAUCUUUUUUAAUAGAAGGAAAUGCAGCCUAUCGACAGUGGAUAUAUUACUAUUACUGCUCACUUUCAACAAACAAAUCAACCCCAUAUGCUGUUUCAUUUGUUAUCAAAAAAAGAAAUAAGACAUUUGAACAUAUGAAAAAAAUAAUGAUAACUUCUAAUAUAAAGUCAAAGGAUCUUUUUAAUAUUACUAUUUGUGUUUCACCAACGCUGUUUUCUAAAAAAUUACUUUUAGAGUUUAUUAGUUUUCAUGAACUCAUUGGAAUUGAAAAUUUCAUUUUUUAUUUACAUGAUAUACCAUAUAAUGUAUCAAAAUUAGUAUCAAUGCUGUCCCCCAAGUUAGGUAUUCAAAGCACUUUUUACAUUUGGAAUUAUCCUAAACUCGAAAGCAAUCUUUCAAGAUUAAUUGUUGAAAAAGAGUGUUUAUUACGUACCUUUGGCAAGACAGUAAAUACAAUAACACUGGAAAUUGACGAAUACAUUAUUCCAUUCUACUCACACUCUUUAAGCAGGAUGCUUUCGGAAUACAAUCUGAAACGGAAGAAUGGAAGACUUAGUUUUCCUUUACAAAAAUUUUGCCUGGAAAAUGAAAAUCCUCAUCAACCUAUUGCACUUCAAAAUUUCAAUGCUGUUGUUGAUAACAGUACAAUUGUUCGUUACAUGUAUAAAAGCAUUGAUAACGAUUCUACAUUAAUUACCCAAAUGAUUGAAGACACUGCUUCAAUUCAUAAGUAUAUUAAAUGUACUCAAACACCAAUAAAAGUUCAUGAAGACAGAAGUAUUACAAGAUUUAGAAAAGAUUUUGUUCGUUCAACAUUAGUACAGUUGUUGAUACAUGACAAUAUAAAAUAAUAAAUAUGAUCUGCUUUGUUGUAAUAAAUGUAAUAAAGUGUAAUAAUUCAUUAUUUUGUACA